CAAGAGAGUUGAUACCGAAAGAGAAGGCCAGUCCUACAAUGAGUAGGGGGAGCAGUAUUGUCGGCCCAAUCUCUUGCCUGAGCAACACAAGCAGGUUCAUCUAUUUGAUGGAUGGUUUUGCUACCAUGUAUCUUCUUCCCUUAGGAUGUACAGUGGUUUCAAACAACAUUUUAUUGCCAAUGGAUUAUGGUAUCAGUUAUGAUGUGCCAUUUGCCCAAAGGGCCAAAAGGAUCAUCACAUUUUCUGAGACAACAUUGACUUGGUCGAUUCCUAAUGUAACAAGCAUUUGCAAAGAUUGUGAGCAAAAAGGACGUCUCUGUGGAUUCAGCUCACAACGCAGGCAAGCAUUCUGCAAGCGUCAUGGUUCACGUCUCAAAGUCAUUGCAGCAACAUCAUCGGUGGCCACAUUUGUGGUUCUCUUGUUGACGGCAGCCACAGCACUGUAUCGAUCCCUAAAAUCAAAGGUUGAUGAAGAGGUACGUUUGAAGAUCGAAAUGUUUCUCAAGGCAUAUGGCACAUCAAAAACAACGAGGUACACAUUCUCUGAAGUUAAAAAAGCAACAAGACGGUUCAAAGAUAAACUGGGCCAUGGUGGAUUUGGAAGCGUAUACAAAGGUCAGCUGACAAAUGGAGUACCUGUGGCAGUAAAGAUGCUGGAAAACAUAAAGGGUGAUGGACAAGAGUUCAUAAAUGAAGUUUCAACCAUUGGUAGAAUCCAUCAUGCUAAUGUGGUCCGUCUCUUGGGAUUUUGCUCUGAAGGAACAAGGCGUGCUCUUAUUUAUCAAUUCAUGACUAAGGGAUCACUCGACAGUUAUAUAUUUGCACAUGAAUCAGAUAUAUGUCGAGAACUAUUAGCACCUAACAAAAUGCUAGAAAUAGCAUCAGGCAUUGCCAGAGGAAUCGAAUAUCUGCAUCAAGGGUGCAAUCAGCGCAUCCUGCAUUUCGACAUCAAGCCUCACAACAUCUUGCUAGAUGACAGCUUCACUCCAAAGAUUUCAGACUUUGGGCUAGCAAAGCUGUGUGCAAGGGAGCAUAGCAUCGUCACACUGACUGCAGCUAGAGGAACGAUGGGUUACAUUGCGCCGGAAUUAUAUUCUUGGAACUUUGGAAGAAUAUCCAACAAGUCCGAUGUUUACAGCUUUGGCAUGCUGGUGCUGGAAAUGGUGAGUGGGAGGAGGAACUCAGAUCCAUGGAUUGAGAACCAAAACGAGGUUUAUAUCCCAGAGUGGAUAUAUCAGAAAAUAAACAUGGAGCAGGACCUGGAGUUAACAAGGGAAAUGGCACAAGAUGAGAAGGAGGUAGUCAGAAAGCUGGCCAUCGUGGCUCUAUGGUGUAUUCAGUGGAACCCCAAAAAUCGCCCAUCUAUGCCGAAAGUGCUGAACAUGUUAACAGGAAGCUUGACGGAUCUAACGAUGCCUCCUAAGCCAUUUGUUUCAUCACCAGGCCACCUUAUGCCGCGUAUUUAG